CCCGAGCGGUCGAGAAUGGGUGCAAGCGACGUCGAAAAAGCGACGACCGCAAACAGAAAGGGCUGGCUCCACGUCCAGGACGAGGACAGCCCCGCCCAGGUCCUCUGGCACGCCGCUCUGCUCGCAGCGACGCUCUGGAGCUGCGCGCGCGCGCCCCUGAUCGACGGGCCCUCUUCGGAUGGAGCGUUCGACGUACUUGCCGACCUCGUUUUUGUGGGAGAGGUCUUCGUCCAGUUCCUGUUCCCGCUCUACGACGGCGAGAGCCGCGAGCUCGUCGACGACGUGCGGCAGAUCCGCGACCGCUACCUCCACUCGCGGCGGUUCUACGUUAACAUAGUGUUGGCGCUGCCAGUCUGCUCCAGCCACAUCAAGCCGCUCGCGCGCGCCACGGCCGUCGUCCGGUCGCUGCGCGCCGCGAAGUGCAAGCCGACCUUAUUAUCAUUACGCGGCACCCUCCAGCGCGUCCGCGACGUCGCCGUGGCGGUCGAGCUCGUGGAGUUGGCGACAGUCCUGCUCUACGCGACGCUGUUGACGUUGGUGCUCGCGGGCGCGCGCUGGGCGCCGCGGCUGCCCUACGACGCCAGGAACCUCGUGCUGACGAUUAUGGUCGUCACGUUAUCUUUAGCGCUCCACGCCGUGGCCUUCGCGAACCUCCAGUCCGCGAACGACGCCAUGAACGUGGUAGAAGCGCACCACGACAAACAAACAAAACCAGUCCUGCAAUUCCUCGACGAAUCAAAUGUCGACGACGACACUCAGUUACGUGUCCGCGCGCAUUUCGACUACCUGAUGGUGAAGCAGGGCGGCCUGGCCGACGACCGGAUCCUGGCCGAGCUGCCCGCUUCCUUAGUACGGCGCGUCCGGGACCAGAACCGGUCGCUGCUCGUGAAGGUGCCGUUCUUUUCUCCAGCGAGUCGCCCCCCAAAAUUCCUCGACGCGGUCGUCGACGCGCUUUCCACGAGAAUCUUCCUGCCGAACCAGUGGCUCGUCGAGCCCUACUCGACCAAAAGGGAGCUCUUCGUCCUCCGCGAGGGCGUCGCGAUUGUAAUAAGCGGGCGCCAGACCGUCGCGACCUUGACGCGGGGCGACGUCGUCGGCGACUGGGGGUGCAUCCUCGGGGGACGAGCCACCCUGGGCGUCCGCGCGGGGCCGCAGUCCUUCGUCGAAGCGCUGGCGUUGGACCACGCGACGCUCUCGAGAAUCAUCGCCGCGUGCAAGCCGCACCCCGACGACGCGUUCCGGGCGGCCGUCGCCGAGAAGCGGGACCGGGCCCUCGCCAAGGCGAAAAUAGCGCUGGCGUUCCGGAAGAAGCAGGGCGAGUCGACGGAGGCGGACGGAGGCGGCGGAGGCAACGGAGGCCAAGUCGUCGGGGCCAAGACGCCGGGGCCAAGGCGGCCGGGGCAAGGCGCCGAGGCCAAGGCGACGGAGGCGACGACGGCCGCGCCGACGCCAAAGCGUCGAAGCAAGGACGAGCCGGUGUCGCUGCUCGACGAGAAUGACCCGGGCGUCGUCGCAACGAAGGCGCGUCGGGACGAAGGGUUGGAACGGUGGCGGGACGCGGGGCCGGCGAAGAAAGUACUCCCGUCGACCUCGUACCGGCCGACGCAGCGCGUCGUGCUGCCGGACUCGACGGGGCGCUUCGCCUGGGACUGCUUGCUGGUGCUGCUGCUCGCCUACGCCUGCGUCCGCCCGCAGCUGCGAUUGCUCGGCAACAGGGACGCCUUCGACGCGUCGCUGAUCGCGGACUAUGUGUGCGACCUGCUCUUCGCUUGUGAUUUGGUCCUGCGCCUGUGGUUCUUCGGCGUCCACGUGGAAGAGGACGGCCGCGAGGUGCUGGUCGUGGACCGCCGGGAGAUCUUCCAUCAGCACGUCACGUCGAAGCGGUUCUGGAUCGACGCUGUAUCAACCAUACCGUUCGACCUGCUGGGCUUCGUGAACGGGCGCUGGUGGCGCGUCCUGCGGCUGCCGCACGUCGCGCGGAUCCUGAACCUCGAUUCCUAUAUAAGGACGCCGUUGACGUUCGUCGAAGAGCAUCUUGAAGUCGAUAUGGACGCGAGGACGGUGCCCGUCGCGGUCCAGCUCGGCCAGCUCGCUUUCACCAUAGUGACGGUGGCGUGCGUGCGUGGGAUGCGAGGGAAUGAUGAUGAGGCCUUUCCGCAACUCGCGCACGGCGCGCUCCGGGACCUGAUGACCGUGGACUACGUGACGAUCAAGGAGGCCGCCGUGGCGAAGCGCCACGUCGACCUCGUUUUGUCGGUGGGCCUCGUGGCCUUCUUCGCCACGCUCGUCUCGCGCGGCGCGUUACUCCUGAGACGCGCGGACCUCACGGACCGGAGCCCGGGCCACGCGCGGCGCGUCUGCGAGGCGUUUCUGGCGAGCCAUCAUGCGUCGGUCGCCCUCAGGACGCGCAUCGACGCGUACCUCGCCCACCUUGAGUCGUCGGGCGACGGCGCGCGGUCGCUCGCCGCGCUGCCGCCCGAUCUGAGGAAUGAUGUCGAGGCCUCGCUGCUGAAGCCGGCCUUCGACGCGUCGCCGCUCCUACGGGACCUCGACGGCCGCUUCCGGGCGCAGCUCGCCGCGGCGGCCGAGCGCCACGUCUACGCGGCGGGCGAUGUCCUCUCCAAUAAUGAGGGGGCCUUCUACCUCAAGGCGGGCGCCGUGGAGAUUUUUCGGGGCGAGGACGUGGUCACGCGGCUCGGCCCGCGCGACGGCUUCGGCGAGGACGCGCUGCUGGACGCGGUGCCAGCGACCUACGGCGCGCGCGCCGAGAGUAUCGUCGAGGCGUGGCACCUGCCCCGGCGGCGCUUCCUGGAGCUGCUUCGCCAGUACCCGGCCAUCCGCGAGCGCCGCGACGAGCUCCGGUCGAAGCCGGCGCGCUUCGAAACCGUGGCGCCUCGCAGAGCUCAAAUCGUCCGGAACUCGUCGCGCCUCAGGCGGUUGGUGCGGCGGACGACGGCGCGGAACCGGGCCCUCUCCCUCGGGACGCGCGACGACGUCCCGGCGCGCGACGCCGCGCAGACGCGCGCGGGCCACGCCUGGAACGUGGCCGCGCUUUCGUUUGUGCUAUUCAACGUCAUGAAAGUGCCCUUCGACGCGGCCUUCCGCGAGGGCCAUUCGUUACGGUGGCUCGACUGGCUGCCGUACUACGCGGGCGACGUGCUCCUGGCCAUCGACGCCUUAGUCUGGCACUCGCACGGCGUCGGCGCCGCCUCGAAGGGCGCUCUUUUAGCUACCGUGCCCUUCGACGUGUUCGCGCUCGCGAUCACAGACAAAAACCUCGGCGCGGUGCAGCGCGUCGCGCUGUGCCGCCUGCCGAAGCUUUUACGAGUGCUGGACCUCCCGUCGCUCGCCCGCGCGUGCGCGAACGCGGCCGAGGCGUUCCUGAAAUGCCGCCUCUCCAACAACGCGCGGUCGCUGGCCGCGCUCGCCGGCGGCUACGCGCUCACGGCGCACCUCUGCGCCGUCGGCUUCUUCUGGUGCGCGAACUCGAUCCAUCUCCGGGGCGGCGAGUCGUGGGCCGGCGCCGCGGGCUUCCUGCGGGCCUGCUCGCGCGGCGGGGUUGGUGGGUGCGACGUCGUCGUCGACGUCGCCCCGAACCCGAAAUAUUUGGACGUCGCCGGCCGCGCGUUUGAGAAGCGGGCCUGGUCGAUGAAUAGCGCCCUCGACGCCUACGUCGCGGCGCUGCUCUGGGCCUUUGGAACAUUGACGGCGCGCGACCAGCCGUUCGCCGCGACGAGCGGCCGCGAGGUGGCGUUCGCGAGCGGCGCGCUCGGCGCGGCGAUCGUCGUCUUCGCGGUCGUCGUCGCGACGCUCGAGGACGCGGCGUCGGCGGCGGGCCUGUCGCGGUCGCUUUUUUUACGGCGCCUCGAGCGCGCGACGCGCUACUGCGACCACCAGCAGCUGCCCGUGGCGCUGCGGCGGAAGUUCCUCGGGGCCUACGACCGGCUCUGGGCCGCGCAGCGCGGCGCGAGCGGCGGCGACGCCUUAGCGAGGCUGCCGGAUAAUCUGAGGCGGGACUUCGUCGUGGACGUGGCGCCGCACCUCUCUCAUUUAUUUUACGUCCGAGCGCUCGGCCAGGCGGACCUCAUCCAUGAACUCGCGGCGCGCGUGUCCUUGGAACACUACGCGCGCGGCGACGUUUUAUUUGGAGCGGGCGAGCGGGCCGACGCGGCCUUCUGCGUGACGAGUGGCGUGGUCGACGUCCUGGGGAGCGGCGACGGGUUGUUGCUCGGCCGCUUCUCGACGCAAGUCGUCCUCGGCGAGGGCGAGUUCAUCGAAAGGGCGUUGUAUGCCGCGUCGGCGCGGUGCGUGCGGUCGACGCGGUGCGUGCUGCUGACGCACGACGCCUUCCUCGAAGCUCUGAGACGGACGGACCAGACCGGGGCGUACCGAGAAAAGGUGCUGGCGACGGCCGGCGAGAUUCCGCAACUGCGCACGGACGCGCGCGCGGCCGCCGCGGGCGAAGCGGUCCGGAAGACCGCGCCAGAGCGCCCAUCGGCGCGCUUCUGGGAGCAGGCGCGGCUCGUCGCGAACGCGGGAGGUCUGCUCUGGUUCGCCACCACCGUGCCGUUCCUCGUUACGUUUGCUUCGAGCGCCGCGGGGCUCCCCGUGGGCGUCGUCGUCGCCGAUGGGUUAUUCCUCGCUUUGAUGGCGUUUGAUUUGUACCUCGAUGACGACGCGAUGAUGGUCGACUUCGCGAGCGUCGCGCCCCUCGGGCUGCUGGCCCACGCCUGCCGCUUGGAUCGAUCCGUGUGCGCGUCACUACGUACGCUGCAUUUGAUCAUGCUGCGCCGCGGCGCCGAGCGCGUCGAUGCCGUGCUCAAGUUUCUGGCCGAGGAGAAGCGCAUUCGAUGGUUGGGGGCCGCUGGCGCGGGCGCGGCCGCGCGUUUGUUGAUCGUCUUCUGCCUCGCGAUCCACUGGGUGGCCUGCUUGUGGUACGGCCUCGCGCGAAUCCAGGAAAGGUCCUGGGUCGACGCUUACCGAAGGCGCGGCGUUUUGAGUUAUGACAUGAAGACCGGUUCAAAUGGAGAUAGACGUUUCUGGUAUAGGGCCGCCCUCACGUGGGCCUUCUCGACGAUAACGUCCUUCGGCGACGGCGGCGCCGACGCCACGAAUCCCCUCGAGCGGGCCUUCCAGAUUUUGGUCAUGGCCGCCGGCGUCCUGCUGUGCGACGUGAACGUGCUUGCUGUGUUAGCCUCGAUCGUGGAAUUGAACGCGUUGCAGCGCCACCGGAACUUGCGACGGACGAUUUGCGCGCGGAGGUUCAUGGGGCGCCUGAAUUUGAAACCGGAACUGAGGAAGAACGUGCUCGACUACUUCGACUACGUCGACGAGAACAAGAACUUGGACGAGGCUUUACUACUCAAGGAGGUGGGCCGGUCGUGCCGCGAGGACGUAUUAAGGCACUUCGCGUUCCGGAAGCUGUGCGAUUCGAUCAAGUUCGGGGCCUUCCAGGAGGGCGUCGUUGCGUCUCUCGUAAGAAGCAUGGCGCCGCGGACGGCGGCGCCGGGCGAGAUCAUACUCGAGGGGAACGACGACGCCUACUACGUGCUGCGGGCGGGCCGCGCGCACACCGUCGAUGCGUGCGGUCAUUCAGAGCCGGUGUCGACGGGCGCGUUGCUGGCCCAGUCCGAGUUCGUGGCGGCGGCGAAGCGCGUCGGGCCCUGCACGCGAUUGCUCGAGCUCGACGUCUACGAGGCGGUCAUAUCGAGGGCGGGCACGACGCACCCCUACGUCCGGUGCGUGACGGAGACCGUGACGCCCUUCGGCGUGUCUGUCAAAAGAGUCGAGUCGGGCGUCCGGAAGUACACGAAGCGUCCCCACUUCGACGAGCGUUUCGAGCUCAAGGUGUACGCGAAUACGACGUGCUGCGUCCACGUGCUCCACCACCGGCGCGGCCUCGACGGUAUUACCAUAGGGCGCGUCGAGCUGCGGCUCAGCGAAGGCGCGCCGCGGUGGCACACGAUACUCGAUGGCAGGAACCGGCCGGCGGGCCGCGUGCGCCUCGCCGCGCGGACGUCGGCGCUUCCCCCGUCCCGAGUCGCGGCGAGCGCCGAGGUGACCGUCGUCGCCGACACGUUCUGCCACCUCUACGUCCUCGCCGCGGCGGCGCAGGAGGAUUUGCGGCGCUACAUGCGCGCGAUGCGCCUGCCGCUCGCGAAGCGCCUGCCCGCGGACGCGCGCGCCGACGUCGCCAUGAAGCGCGACCGCGCCCUCGCCAAGGCGCGAAACGUCGCCGCGGCCAUCCGGCCCCUUGCUUCGGCGCCGGCCUCUCCGGUCGAGGCGCCGGCUCCGGCGGGCGACGUCGAGGCGCCGCCUCCGAGUGAGGAGGCCCCGCGGCCGUCGAGCCGCGCGCGGCCCGCGACGCGCGGCGCGCUCCGGGCGACGCUCCGGGCCGGAUCGGCGCGGUCGACGCCCUCUUUCUCGCGAUCGGUUCGGCGCGCCACGCAGCGCGGGCAGCCGGCGACGCCGUUCUCGCGGGUGGCGCGCGUGGCGCCCGCCGCCAUCUUUGAGGAGGGAGACGAGGACGAGGCGGUGUGA